CCACUGUUCCUCCUUCACUCUCUCUUCCUCCUUCAUAAAAGCUCGCCUUUCCUUCUUCGUCGAAGCUUUCACAAAACUGUUGAAGCAAAACCAGACGAAACCAAACUGUUAUUUUCUCUGCCACUUGUUUUACUUCUCAAUCAGCUUCCCGUCGCAGAAACUUCCAACAUUCUUUUUCCUCCAAACGCAGCGGACGACUCUCUCUUCUCUCUGUUACCUUUCUCGAUUCUCUUGGUCAACUCCGUGUACUAUAUAAAUUUGAUCAUCUUCUUCCCUUCCACGCAGAAUCUCUGUGACUGAAAAUCUGUUUCUCUAAUUCUAUUCCUAUUUCUGUUUCCAUCUCAGCCUUCUUUCAUAUCUCUUCCCUUAGCACUUCCUUCACUAUUAUCUACUCUGCUUCCGGGUCGGGUUUUGAAGUUGAGAUAUAUUGGGUGCCGAUGGCGUCGUCCUUCAAUUCUAAACCCAAGAUCGUCAAUGGACCGGGCGGUUAUGUCCUCGAAGAUGUUCCGCAUUUGAGUGAUUACAUAUCUGAUCUUCCAACAUAUCCUAAUCCUUUACAGGAUAAUCCUGCUUACUCUGUCGUUAAACAGUACUUCGUGCAUGAUGAUGACACUGUUCCUCUGAAGGUUGUUGUUCACAAAGAUGGUCCCAGGGGAAUACAUGUUCGUCGUGCUGGACCUCGUCAGAAGGUUUAUUUCCAGUCAGACGAUGUGAAGGCUGCCAUUGUUACAUGUGGGGGUCUUUGCCCUGGGCUAAACACUGUGAUCAGGGAAUUAGUAUGUGGCUUAAAUCAUAUGUAUGGCGUGAACAAGGUCCUUGGAAUUGAUUUAUUCAGUUCUGAGUCUGAGGGAGGGUACAAGGGUUUCUAUGCUCGCAACACAAUUACUCUAACUCCUAAGAGUGUGAAUGAUAUCCAUAAACGUGGAGGAACUAUCCUUGGUACAUCACGUGGUGGGCAUGACACCACUAAGAUAGUUGACAGUAUUCAAGAUCGGGGAAUUAAUCAGGUUUACAUAAUUGGAGGAGAUGGAACUCAGAAGGGAGCUUCUAUGAUUUAUGAGGAAGUUAGGAGGCGGGGUCUCAAAGUUGUAGUUGCGGGAGUUCCCAAAACCAUAGAUAAUGACAUCCCGGUCAUUGAUAAAUCCUUUGGCUUUGACACUGCUGUUGAGGAGGCUCAACGUGCUAUAAAUGCUGCACAUGUUGAAUCUGAAAGUAUUGAGAAUGGUAUAGGCGUUGUCAAGCUAAUGGGUCGCAAUAGUGGGUUUAUUGCCAUGUAUGCUACACUUGCAAGCAGAGAUGUGGACUGUUGCUUAAUUCCGGAGUCUCCCUUUUACCUUGAAGGUCCAGGUGGACUUUUCGAGUAUAUAGAGAAAAAACUUAAAGAACAAGGGCAUAUGGUAAUUGUAGUAGCUGAAGGGGCAGGACAGGAUCUUGUAUCUCAGAGCAUCCAAUCUACGCAGAAGGAGGAUGCUUCAGGAAACAAGCUUCUUCAAGAUGUUGGGCUGUGGAUAUCCCAAAGGAUUAAGGAUCAUUUUGCCAAGCACAGUACAAUGAGCAUAAACCUCAAAUAUAUAGAUCCAACCUACAUGAUCCGAGCAAUUCCAAGUAAUGCUUCUGAUAAUGUGUACUGCACACUUACUGCUCAAAGUGUAGUUCAUGGAGCAAUGGCUGGUUACACUGGCUAUACGAGUGGACUCGUCAAUGGAAGACAAACUUAUAUACCUUUCUAUAGAAUCACAGAAAGACAGCACAAAGUAGUGAUAACUGAUAGAAUGUGGGCAAGGCUUUUAUCCUCCACAAAUCAGCCCACGUUUUGGAGUGCCAAGGAUGUGAUUGAAGACAAGAGAGAUGAAGAACCGUUGGAGCAGUCAGGAGAUGAUGAGCAAAGUCCAGAUGUCAACUCGAUUGCCAACCAAAUCAUCCCCAUCCCUAAUAAUUCUCUCAAGGUCUAAUCAAUCCUAUAUUGUGCUAUACAAGUAUUAUAUAUGAGUCACCCCUUUUUGCAUAACAUGGCUGUGGAAAUCUCAGCCUCAAAUCUUCGAGAUAUUCCUUCAUAUGUUGUUUUGUUAUUUAAUAAUUUGAAUGAAAUCCUCUGUGCUUCUCAAUGAAUCCUUAGCUUUCAUUUGUUA